UUCAGCAUCUCCUUGUACGAAAAAAAAACUCAGAGAGCUCUACAGCAAUGGAGACGAAUACGAACGAAGCAUCUACGAAAAGCCUGAAACCUUCUCCGUCAGGAUCCAUACCGAACUUUUUCGUAUCGCUAUCUUCCGCAUUUUCACAAACACCUCUAAUACGUAUGAACAAACCCAGUUUGCUACUUCUACCACCAGCUUCAGACUCCGUCAAGUUGAUUCAAGACUUCCAUCGUUCUCUGGUCUCUGUUACUGAGAAAUUCACAGGCUUAUUCCAUUCACUCGCCUCUAGAAACCCUUUGUUUCAAGAAGCGGUUCGCUUAUCCUCCGAGUUUCGAUGUCUUUGCGACGAGAUUCGUUUGAGAAACACUACAAGGGUGAGUUUUGGGAUGUCUAAUCACGGGUUUGCGGCGGUUCUGCCAGGAGAUUCAGUAGCAGGAAUGGUGGUUGCAAAUGGGUUGAUAAACUUCCUCAACAUAUAUAGCAACGUCCUUGUUGUCCGUCUAGUACUCACCUGGUUCCCUACUGCUCCUCCUGCCAUUGUUAGCCCCCUCAGCACUUUAUGCGAUCCAUACUUGAACAUAUUCCGGGGAGUCAUACCGCCUCUUGGAGGAUUGGAUUUGUCUCCCAUCUUGGCCUUCCUUGUUCUCAACGCCUUCACUAGCAGUGCUAUGGCGCUUCCUUGUGAGCUCCCUCCAGCUGAAGGAGCGGCUUCUCCAUCAUCAUGCGAGAAAAAGUGGAUGAGAAGAAUAAGGUUGACUAGCAGCAAGGACCAUAGACCAAGCUCUGGUUCCAUGAACUGAAGCUUUCUAAAGAAAACUCUUCUUUCUACACUUCAGAUGUGAUUUAUACGUUUUGAGUCUUUGAAUAAAAAAAGACUUGUGUCUCUGAUAUACAUAUACUCUUUGUGAGUUUUGCAAAAUUUCAAGGCAAAUAGAUAAGCUUUUUUUUCUUCAUUAUCAACUUUUACCAAAGGUUUAAGGAGAGGCAACAACCCACCAAACGAACCACAGAGCCUGUGAAUCCAGCAAGGAUCAAACCUGGUCAACCUCUGGUCACAAUACAUGGACAAAGUCAAUGGCCAAAACCAAGAAGACAAUGGUAUGUGUAACAAUUUACACAGAAAGAGAAUAGAGAAAGCCUUGUCUGUAGAUUUCCACUAGUUCAAAAGAAACUUUUGUUUCUAGUGACCACAUAUUACAAGAAGACAUUGUAACAGACUAUUAAUC